AUGGUAAGUGGAGUGCAGUUAUUAAUAGAGUUGGGCCCAUCCAUCUUCCUGUCUAGGAAAAAUGCUGGGAGGACUAAGGUGGCGUGGAUCAUCUCCCAGCCGGUGGAGGAUGAGAACCAGUGCUUGGCUCCUUCAGUCCAGCUGGUGAGUUUUGGCUACAGAGAUCUGCCCCUGGCGGCUCUGGACAUCUCGCUGGCAGGCUCGCAGCUCCUUUCCAAUGCAGAUGAAGACGAAAACAGGGAAGGGUCGAACUGGCUGAAGCCCUGCUGCGGUCGUCGGGUGGCCCUGUGGCAGGUCUGUCUGCUCAGCGCUGGCUUCAACUGUAUCCUGGUGGCCUGUGUCAUCCUGGUGGUGCUGUUCCUGUCAUUGGAGCUGCUCAUAGACACCAAACUUCUACAAUUUUCCAAUGCUUUCCAGUUUGCCAGCAUCAUCCACUGGAUCAGCCUUAUCAUCUUGUCACUCUUCUUUUCAGAGACUGUUUUCAGAAUUGUGGUUCUUGGGAUCUGGGACUACAUAGAAAACAAAGUUGAGGUGUUCGACGGCGCAAUCAUUGUACUGUCACUGGCCCCCAUGGUGGCCUCCACGGUGGCCAACGGGCCCAGCAGCCCUUGGGAUGCCAUCAGCCUCAUCAUCACCCUACGCAUCUGGAGGAUUAAGAGGAUCAUCGAUGCAUAUGUGCUACAAGUCAAAGUUGAGAUGGAACUGGAGAUCCAGCAGUGUGAGAAGACCAAGGCUGUGCGAGAGGAGCAGCUGGAGCAUCUCACUCAGAUCUGCCAGGAACAGGCUUUUGAGAUUAGGCAGCUGAGGGCCCAUCUGGCCCAGCAGGACCUGGACCUUGCAGCAGAGCGUGAAGCAGCCAUGCAGAUCCACCACAUAUGGGAAAAACAGGGCAGGAGUUUCCAGGUUGUAGAAGGCUCAACUCCUGGGGAGUCUGAUGAUGAGGGUGGCCAGAGAAACCCCAGGGAGCCCCAUGCCACUGCAGAUCCAGUUGUGCAUGACGACAUGAACAACUACAUCAGUCAGUACUACAGUGAAGCAAGCAGUGAUGCUGGGGCCUCUGGCUUAGGGACCCGGGUCAUCACCACAGCAGCCAUUGAUGUUCACCUCCCCACCAAUACAAAUCUCGUCCAGUCCAACCCACUGCUCGCUAUGGAGCGGGUGGGCAGCGCUCUAAGUGACGCCUCUACCAGUAUAUCACGGUGCAGCGGCAGCCUGACAGCACGGCCCCACAGCCUGGGCACCCACACCUCAGCUUCAUCUAUGACAGAGCGUAGCAACAGCACAGUUCAGGACCUCAGUCUGAGCUAUGGCUCUCAUGGCUGCAGCCCUCCUUCCUUCUCAGGCCAGGAGCCCUGCAGGGACCCCAGCAUGGUGGUGCAGGAGCUACUCUCCUCCCUCUCUGAGGACUCCUGUCUCGCUCAGAAGGGCCUGGCAGUGGACCCUGUCAACCUUAAGCUUCCCAGCCCUACAGGCUCAGAAAAGGACAGUCCUGAGCUGGACAACAGAAUAAACAUCUUCAAUCGCAGGAACCAAGAGGAGAAGCGAGGACAGGGAAGGGGUUGUGUGCUGUUGCAGACCAAGCCACUAAUUCACCUGCAUGGCAGCACCGAGCCAUCCCAGGAGGAGAAGUACCGGCUCCUGUGACCAACUGACACACCUCUAGGGCACAUGCCUGAUACAUAAGCUACAUUUACACAGGAACAGAGGUUGUUUUUCUCUCUCUCUCUCUCUAUUGCCACUGUGUUUGGUAUAUAUCCGAACUCUCGUGGCAGGUCAAAUCUCCUGAGAGGGACUGCAUAAGAUUUAAAAAUGGGAUUUCUCUGUUGCUGUGUAAAUCCAGUCUUUAGCCAAUCCAGAGCUAGCCUGAGCCUCUGCUUCCAGCUAACACUGAUGCUCCUUAAUAUGUUCACAAGUCAGUAGUAGAAAUGAUAAUAAGAACUCUUAAGCCUUUUGCCAUACUGUCCAACCUCCCCUCUUCCUGUGUGAUGGACCUUUGAAAUCAGACGUACCCUGAUACAGCACAAGACAGACAAUAACAUCCCAGUACCGGGGAGCCUAAUGUGUUCUUGGACACAUUCUGCAUCAGGAAUUCUCACUUUGAAUAGGUCCUAAAUGCACUGAACUUUACAUGAAUUAAAACCAGCAAGGGGCCGUUCAAGCCUAUAUCGAACAAAAACUUUAAUAGUAUUGCAAACCAAGACACUGUUCUUUGCAGUUACAGUAAGUGGAUUGUUUUUAUUUGCAUUUUUCUGGUUAUUUUGUUUCUAUUAACUUAAAACAUGCUGUUCCUUGUUGAAACAGACAGGGUACACAGACCGGCUUAACUAUUCAAACAGCCAAUUUUUCUUUAACGUUUGGUUUUCUUUCCCCAUUUGUAUCAUUUGAAACCACAGGCAGUCAACACUGACUGAAUAGCAGUUUUUUUUUUGACUGGGGCUUAUUUGUGUGGAGAAAUAAAAAGGUAAGUGACUGGAUUCUUCAAAUGAACCUAGACUGGAGUGCUUGUAGCAUGAACCUUUAAAAGAUACGUGCCAUAACUGGCAAGCAAAUUCUUUGCACUUUAAUGUUUACUGACACUUUUGUAAACUUGAUAUGGAGGAUGUUAUUGCCAAAUGCAGGUAUUGUCAUUUGACUGAAAAAAGAAAAAAUAAAAGUUAGUAUUUCCUUACCUGCUCCUGGUUUACUGCCUUCUGUGAAUGUCAUUUUAAGCGACUUAAAGCCAAAUGUUUGUUUUCUCAGGUUCAUUCCUGUACACCAUUAUUUCAUUAGCAUCAUCUCCUUUUUUUGCAUACGAGUUUCAAAAAUCUAAAUUUUUAAAAAGUCAUUAACAUCAGAAGACCUGUCACAACAGCUGCUAAUUGGUCAGGUCAGUACAGGC